UCUUCAGCAUAUUCACAACAAAACUAGGAUAAUUAAAAACAAAAGAUAACAGCGUCCAUUUUGACAAUUCCUGAACUAAUAUUAUUGUGAAAAUAUCUCUUUUUUAUAAAUUAUUCAGAUAACAAAUAAUUAAACACUAAUAAAAAAUGGAGACAGCAAUCAAAACAAAGAAAUGUUCCGUAAAAUUGAACCGUAUGAGUUUCGUUGGAAUUACACCAGCAGAGGAACAAAUUUUGGAUCAACGAAUACGUCGUUGUGCCGUUCGUCUACAACGCUGCUCAGACGUCAUAAUACGUGCUAAAGGAAUAGCUGAAGGUUCGAUCAUGAAGGAUAUUAAAAUGAGACGCUGCUGCAUCAGAUUGCCUCGACUGAAUUUAGCUCGUAGUGAAAUAUCAUCUCGUGCUGGUUCCGUAACCAGUGCUAGAAUACUUUCUGAACCAGAACUAGAUAACACAGAGAUUUCGAACCAUUAAGUAACUAAAUGCAUUUCUAAACACAAAUCGCAAAUCAAAUAAUGGACACGUACAAUGGCAUCACUAUUUUAGGCUUCAUUUUUUCAAACAUUUAAAAUUGGAUUUUGAUUAUUUUUAUAAGAGCACGAGCUAAUAUGGAAAUAAAAACAUAGCUCAAUAAAAUUUAUUCGUAAAUAUUUAUUUGAAUAUUUACAAUACAUUGGUCAAAUUUAUAAACCCACCUGGCGAUAGUAUUACUGAUUCUCAAAGCUUCACCGAAGAGUCAAAGGAGUGCUCCCAGCAAUGAAACAUUUAAUAAAUUUGAGGGAAUCAAAUUCUUCUUUGAUGAAAUUUAA